AUGUCUUAUUCCGUCACGCCCCUGCUCAUCCAUGCGCCCCAUGCGCCCAUGCGCCCCAUGCCACACACGCUCUCUCACAUUGCGCGUUGCCGCGCCUCGUUAAAAAAGUCCAGAUUCGCCUCCGAUCCAGUUACGUUUCUGGUGGACACGGAAAACACGCCCUUCCCGAGUCUGUUCAUGACUCCUACCAAAGGCAACACUCUCAUCACUACAGCCCGGCAUCUCACUAUCAGCAACAACAACAUCCUCAUCAACUGUAUCAACAACAACCGAGCCCGCACCACUAUCACCAGCAGCCCCAGCAGCAAUACCAGCCUCAGCAACAUCACCAUCACGCAAGUUAUUCACGUCAGCACUCGCGCCAACACUCGCAACACGUCGUCUCACCUCCUCAACUCCGACAAUCGCAGCCGCUCGGCCCUGCCCUCGGGCAUUGAGCGUCUGCCCAACGAUGUUCAAAAUAAAGUCUAUAAUGACUUGGACUACCAGUCCCUUAUUCAUCUGUCCACCGUGAACCGAUAUUUCAAUCAGACCAUUGACCCCCGAAGCAUGUCCGACACAGAUGACAAGUCUCAGUUUGUCAUGAGAGCUGCCAAGGACUUUCCUCAGCACCGACCCAGCGAAAAGGGUCACGACUAUAAGCCAGGAAACUUUGAGUGCUACGUAUGCUUCCGAGUCCGCUCUCCGGAGCACUUUGACAUGUUGCAGCCGCAGCAUGCCUAUGUCGACCACCACGGCCGCCUGGUGACUGAUCGCGACCCUCAGCCUGGCCGAGACCGACAAAUCGCUCUCCGGCGCUUCUGCAUCGAGUGUGGUGUUCGCGAGGGCCUCCAUGCUCCCUUUGACUGUCUCACUACUCGCACCGGCCGCGAUCUUUGGGUGUGCAAGUGCCGACGGAUCUGGGCCAAGCCGGGCUGCCUGCGAUGCCCCGACUGCCGCGCAGACUGCCCUCUGCGACCUAAGAAGAAGUUUGGCUUUUGA